ACGUCAUUCUUCUCCCCCUUCCUCUCCAUUCCCGUCGAGUCCGUCCCCGUCCAUCCGCCGAGCGACGCCGCGACUCCUUCCUCGCCUCCGAUCUCCAGCCCCCGAGAUGGCCGAGAUUGAGAUUAAGACAGCACCAGCUGACUUCCGCUUUCCUACCACAAACCAGUCCAGGCACUGUUUUACUCGCUAUGUUGAGUUCCACAGGUGCGUCAGUGCCAAAGGGGAUGACACUUCUGAAUGUGAGAAAUUUGCCAAGUACUACCGAUCUCUUUGCCCAGCUGAAUGGGUUGACAAGUGGAAUGAGCAGAGGGAGAAUGGGACAUUUCCAGGGCCUCUCUAAAUCUUCUGUUUGAGAGUCUCCUCAGACCAGUCUACCGCUUUCAUCAGUGCUACUGCGCUAUCUUCUGAUUGGAAUUUAUGCUUCUGUCUUGUACUAGAGCAAUUGCUGCAGAACAGCAAGUGUUGGUUUUCUUUAUGCUGCAGUAAUAAUUGAGCAUGCUUAUUUGUUACUCAGACAUGCGUUUGCACUUGUUUAAUCCAAGUAUAUUUUGAAA